CCGGCUUCUGAAUCUUCUGUUGAUACCUCCUCAAGCAGGUUCCUCCAUCUUUGCCAAAAUGACCGAACUCCUGAACAGCAUACUCACCGUGAUUAAGGUGUUCCAGAGAUAUGCCAAAGAGAAUGGGGACUCCACCUCACUAUGCAAGGAAGAGUUGAAGCAGCUGCUCUUGGCUGAGUUUGGAAACAUCCUCAGGAGACCAAAUGACCCAGAGACUGUGGAAACCAUCUUGAGCCUCUUGGAUAGAAACAGAAAUGAGCAUGUUGAUUUUCAUGAAUAUCUCCUGAUGGUGUUCCAGUUGGCCCAAGCCUGCUAUCAUAGGCUGGAUAAUGAAUCAUAUGGAGAUAGAACCUCUCAGCAAGAAAGGAAGCAGGAAGGAACACAAGGCCAUACUUUUCCAAGAAAUACAGGCAGACAACACAAGAGGAGGCAUGAGGGAGAAAGGCAGGAUUCCUGCCACAGUCAGUCUGAGAAACAAAGCCAGGAUACCCACCAAGAUCAGUCUGAGAGACCAGACAGGGACUCUCUCUAUGGUCAGUCUGAGGGCCAAGACAGGGACUCCCACUAUGGGCAGACUCAGAGACCAGACAGAGACUCCCACUAUGGGCAGACUCAGAGACCAGACAGGGACUCCCGCUAUGGGCAGACUCAGAGACCAGACAGGGACUCCCACUAUGGGCAGACUCAGAGACCAGACAGGGACUCCCACUAUGGGCAGACUCAGAGACCAGACAGGGACUCCCACUAUGGGCAGACUGAGGGACAGGGUCAGGACUCCAGGUCUGGUCAAAGACUGAGUAAUAAAUCUGGCAGUGGCAAUCCUGAAAGACAGGGCUAUGUCUUUGCCCUAAAUCAGUAUGAGAAACAACUUCAAGAUUCUCAUUAUGGCCAACCUGAUAGGCUUGGACAACAGUCAAGCUAUGGCCAGUCUGGAAGACUUAGAGAGGACCCUCAGUAUAGCCACACAAACCAACAGGAAUCAGGCUCUUAUAAUGAACAGUCUGGAAGGCUGGGUCAGGAAUCAGGCUGCGGUCAGAGAAAUAGGCAAGAAUUGGAUUCUCACUAUGGCCAGACAGACAGACAAGGUCUGAGCGCUCACUAUAGCCAGACAAGGCCAGAGAGACAAGGCCAGAGUUACCAUUAUGAUCAGACAGACAGACAAGGCCAGAGCUCUCAAUCUGGUCAGACCGACAGACAAGGCCUGAACUCUCACUAUGGGCAUAUGGACAGACAAGGCCUGAGCUCUCACUAUGAUCAGACGGACAGACAAGGCCUGAGCUCUCACUAUGGUCAGAUGGACAGACAAGGCCUGAGCUCUCACUAUGGUCAGACGGACAGACAAGGCCUGAGCUCUCACUAUGGUCAGACGGACAGACAAGUCCUGAGCUCUCACUAUGGUCAGACAGACAGACAAGGCCUGAGCUCUCACUAUGGUCAGACAGACAGACAAGGCCUGAGCUCUCACUAUGGUCAGACCGACAGACAAGGCCUGGGCUCUCACUAUGGUCAGACAGACAGACAAGGCCAGAUUUCCCACUAUGGUGAGACAGACAGACAAGGCCUGAGCACUCGAUAUAGCCAGACAGACAAACAAGGUGUGAACUCUCAACACGGUCAGUCAGAGACUGGGGAAACUAGGCAAAAUAGGUGCUUCCAAGGGAGCGAGGGAACAAGCAGAGACUCACAUGCUGAGCAAUCAGGAAGGCCAGGAAGACCAAGCCAACAGACUCAAGGACAGGAAGUAAACCAAAAUCAGGGACAGAGACCCCAGACUAGGGAAGAGCAACAGAACAGUCGCCAGGCAUGGGAGUCUGAAGAGGAUACUCAACACAAACUAGUAGCACAAAUUCAGCAAGAAAGGCCACCCUGUCACAAAGGGAGAGACUGGCAGUCACACAGUAGUGAGCAGGGCCACAGACAGGCCCAGACCAGGCAGAGUCACGGUGAGAAGCAGAGCCACCAGGCAGAGGAAGAGCAGGACCACCAAAGCUGCGGUAGACACAGUCAUGAGGGUCAGGAAACUCCAUGUGAGACAUGGGACAGGGAAACCUGUGAAGAUGAGCAGACCCGUCAGAGACGAGACAGGCAAACCCAUGAAGAUGAGCAGACUGGUCAGAGACGAGACAGGCAAACCCAUGAAGAUGAGCAGACCCGUCAGAGACGAGACAGGCAAACCCAUGAGGAUGAGCAGACUGGUCAGAGAAGAGACAGGCAGACUCGUGAGGAUCAGCAGACCUGUCAGCGACGAGACAGGCAAACCCAUGAAGAUGAGCAGACCCAUCAGAGACGAGACAGGCAAACCCAUGAGGAUGAGCAGACCCAUCAGCGACAAGACAGGCAGACUCGUGAGGAUCAGCAGGCUGGUCAGAGUCAAGACAGGCAAACCCAUGAAGAUAAGCAGAUCCAUCAGAGACAAGACAGGCAAACCCAUGAAGAUGAGCAGACUGGUCAGAGACGAGAUAGGCAGACUCGUGAGGAUCCACAGACCCAUCAGCGACGAGACAGGCAAACCCAUGAAGAUGAGCAGACCCGUCAGAGACAAGACAGGCAAACACGUGAAGAUGAGCAGACCUGUCAGCAACGAGACAGGCAAACCCAUGAAGAUGAGCAGGCCCAUCAGAGAAGAGACAGGCAGACUCGUGAAGAUGAGCAGACCCAUCAGCAACGAGACAGGCAAACCCAUGAAGAUGAGCAGACCCGUCAGAGACAAGACAGGCAGAUUCGUGAGGAUCAGCAGACCCGUCAGAGACGAGACAGGCAAACCCAUGAAGAUGAGCAGGCCCAUCAGAGAAGAGACAGGCAGACUCGUGAAGAUCAGCAGACUGGUCAGAGACGAGACAGGCCGACUCGUGAGGAUCAGCAGACAGAUCAGAGACAAGACAGGCAAACCCAUGAAGAUGAGCAGACCCAUCAGAGACGAGACAGGCAGACUCAUGAGGAUCAGCAGACCCAUCAGAGACGAGACAGGCAAACCCAUGAAGAGGAUCAAAACUGUCGACGACAACAGGAUCAGCAAACCCAUAAGGAUAAAGAGAGGUAUCAAGAGUCCCAGUAUCAACAAUCCCAAGGGACCCAGCAAGGAUAUGCCAACAGAGAAAAAUUCCAUAUGAAUGAAGAUGGCCAAAGUCCAAGCUCCCAAGGAAGACGCAGUGACCUGGCCUUCCAUCCAACCCAGAAUGCUGGGAGGCCCCAAAGAAGAGAACAGGGUGGAAGUCAUCCUAUCAAGGCAACUAUUGCUCCCAAUCCACUCUAUGACUACGUACAAGAGCAGAAAGGGGUUAGGCACUAGGCUGUGCAUUGCACCAAGAGCUAAAGCAACACGAAGCCAAGGAAGAAAUCUACACAUCAAGUUCAUCCUUACUUCUGCUUAAGAGAUUGAAAAUGUGUAUCUUCAUUCUCUCCUCUACUCUAUCUAACCACAAGGAUGCUUUUAGGAACUAGUAUUCACUUCUAGGGCAUUUCAGUUCUUUGAUCAGCAAUUCCAGUGCUCUGGUUGGGUAAAAUCUGAGUGGUAAAUUGGGUGAAAUAAUCAGAUCCCAAUUUUGAUUAAUUUGGGGAUUUAAAUCAUUUCCUGGUUUGUUCUCUGUAUAGGUGGGACAGGAUUGGAUCAUUGAAAGGUAGGAAUUUCACUCAAAAGUUCAGAAACAGGAAAGGCAUUCUGAAGAUACACAUUAUAACCUGAGGAAAGGACACCAGGACUUAGAGAGCUCUUGUGGCUAAACCAUCAAGAAUUGCAAGCCUUGUAGCCUACACUAAAAUGAAAUACAGUGAGAGGCUGCUAGACGUCCACAACACCCCCAUGCCCAUGUCUCUACCCCUCAUCAAGACUGGCCACUGAGCUAUCAUGAGAGCUGAUUGGACUGAUUCCAGUUUGAUGCCUUUUAGUUUCUGAUCACAUGAAACAGCAAACAUUUCAUCUGUUCGCAGAUUCCAACAAGCCAACACUGUUGAUCCCUAGGUCCUGGAGCCUGAAAACCUUUCAUGAGAAAGUCUAUGGAAUUGUAUUAAAAUACCCAAUAAAUGAUUGGUGAGCAUCAA